GAGACAAAGCAGCCUAUUAUCCGCCGUCAACAAGAUUAGAUGAAGAUGACACUUUGAAAAAAGGCCAAAAAGAACCGGAAGAUCAUCAACGUGUCGACACACCGGCAGGGCUCCCGGACGAGGAUCGCGACGGCGCCCAUUGGCCAGUUGUCGUCGAAACGUUUCCGCGACACUUUGCGCAGAAACACUUCUCCUUCGAGCAAAUUCUGAGGGAUGUGAAGGCGCUCGUCGCCUUUCCGUACAGCUCUUCCGCCUUGUUUUGGUCGGAGAUGCACGCGCUGGGCAUACCGAUUUUCAUUCCCUCGGUGGAACUUUUGUGGCAGUUCCAUUUGAAUGUGCAGGUCGCCGCGAAGUACAGCCACGUCCGGAACGAUUUCCGGUUCAUGGCCACGCCGUUAGAUAGGAAUAAAAUCGACAAAUUGGUCACCGACGGCACCCUGGAACUUGUCUCCGACUGGGGCAAGGACACGUCGGACCGGGUGGAGCUGGAGAGAAAUCCACCCAUUGAACAGGAAACAAAAAGAACCACGGCUGCUAGUACGAGCGCCUCUGUUGAGCAGUCUACUGAAAUAUCAAACUCGGGCACAAAUGAAAUCGGAACAGUGAAGGAAACCGAGAACUACGUCAUUGCGAAUCAGGAGAUGUUCUGGUUCCCGCAUCAGGAGCGCGCUUUUGCCCACACGCCCGAGCAGCACGUGGUCCGGAAGCGACAUAGAGACAUCAUCCUAUCAUACACAAAAAAGCAGGCAGGCCAUAUGUGCAAAUGCAAAAUGAGGUAUAUCUUCUCAGCAGAAAAUGAGCAAUCUGCCAUGGGCGAGCCCAUAGGUUGCUGCUUAGGAUAUGCAGUGCAGAUUUUUCUGUGUGUAGCAUUGAUUAUGACCACCCGCCUGCUUUUUUCUGUGGGAUACAUCCCGGGGAACCGCACACAGCGCAUGCAGUUUGCCCACGCGAUUUGGAUGCGCGGGGGAGAGAAGUACGACGUGAAAAUCAAUCGAGUCGCCAACAAGAGAGAACGAGAGCCCAGAAAAGCGGUCCUUGGGAUCAUUGCGAACGAAAUCCUGGCUUCCAUGCACCCCGCCGGGAACACAACCAAGGGUUUUGACGGGCAUUUUCCUGAGAACGAAGUGGUUCUGUCGGACGAGGAUGUGGACUUGAAGCCACACGUAAACUGCACACGGUUCUGCCCUCAGUCGCCCAACAUGGCCCCCUGGCGCAUGUUCGAAACGAAGCGGGCGUUUUACUACUGGUUGGGAAAACUAGAUUUGUACCACUGGGGCCCGCACGUGCGCACCUUCCACAACGUGUCGCACCUGUUCUCGAUGAUCAAAGACCACGAGCUGUUGGACGCGAUGCGCCGCCGCCAGCUGCAGCGGUCGACAGAAAUGAACGACCGAGCGGAGCACGUGUUUCGCACCGCCAUGGGCGAGAUUUUAGGUUCUUCGGAAGGGUGAGGACGAAAAUGGAAAUCAUAUUGUCCGCCCUGCAAAUCAUAUUAUUUUAUCGAUCCUUCGGGUUUAUUGGAAUCGUAGUACGAAAACGAAUCAUGAUCAUCAUCUCCAUGCAUAGGAGUGCGCAUUUUAUCUAUUCACUCAGGGAAGUUCUUGCCUCACACAAGUUGUACAAGUUGCCUCACACAAGUGAAGAGCGGCAAAUUCUAUAAAUAUUACCGUGGUGGCUGUGGCAACGCAGCGCCAAUUCAAGCUUGCAAACGCCAAUGCGUGAUGAAGAUAGUGACAUUGAGAGUGAAGACAGAAACAACAAUCUCAAAUUGCAUAGGUGCAUGCGUGACAU